CCAACGACGACUCACGUGCGGUUUGUUUUGAGUUUUGACUCAACUUUCUCGACUGACAGGCCUUGGAAGGGGGCUGUUCCCAGACCUCUCUCCUUCAGACUAUUUUCUCAUGCCUAAAACCAUGAACUCUUCAUCCUCUCUUGACCACCUCUCCAGAGUAGUCCCUGGCUCCAGAACAUUGCCCGCGCAUGAGCUGUUCGUCGAGCCCGGCCUCGUGCCCAACGAGACCUUAUACGUGAUCCAAUCAAAGUGUUCCUGGCAAAAGCGCAAUGUUUCAGGAAACUCUGAUGGUGGAAUGCCGCUCCAACUCGACAUGGAGUGUGUUCAAGGUUUGCCAUUGUGGUGCGCGAGUUCAUCGGUGAUAAAUCGCCGUUUGUUCAACGGUUAUAAACGUGCAAAUAAGAGGAGAAGAUCAAAUGAAUUCCUUGCCGGUUAUGACUUUCUUGAUACAAGCAAGGGACUGUUCCAUGUAUACAUUUUGUACAACUCCAGCUUCAGCAGGGACAAUGGACACCAUUCCAUGACAGUUUUGCGCGUUGCACGGUUGGUUAAUAUGGCAUCCACUGCAUAUCUCAAGCAGGUUCUCCCAGGAGUGAAUGCAGAAAUGCGCCUAGAAUUUCUGAAAGAGAUGCCCAAAGCUGCAAUCAAAAUGAAGCUGGACCUCACAACUCUCCUCGACGCGCUCUUCUUCACAUGGACGGUUCAACUCCUCCUUCCAGUAAUAUUAACAUAUCUUGUUUAUGAGAAGCAGCAGAACUUAAGACUAAUGAUGAAAAUGCAUGGACUCAAGGAUGGACCGUAUUGGCUGAUAUCGUAUUCCUACUUCCUUUCCCUUUCAGGAGCAUACGUGACCUUCUUUGCGGUUUUCGGCUCACUUAUAGGUCUCGACAUAUUCAGAUUGAACAGCUAUGUUAUACAGUUUUUGUUCUUUUUUAUCUACAUCAAUCUGCAAAUUGUUUUAGCUUUUCUCCUCGCGUCAUUCUUCUCAUCGGUCAAGACUGCUAGUGUAAUAAGUUACAUUUACGUCUUUGGCUCUGGCCUUCUCGGAGAAGCGCUAUUGAAGUUGUUCAUUGAGGAUACUACCUUUCCAAGACCUUGGCUAGUGAUAAUGGAGCUUGUUCCCGGGUUCUCCCUCUACCGAGGAGUUUAUGAGUUAUCAGAGUAUGCAGCUGCAGGAAGCUACAUGGGGAAGCCUGGAAUGCAAUGGGGGGACUUGAACGACCCGAUCAACGGGAUGAAAGAUGUUUUGAUUCUGACGUCUAUAGAAUGGAUACUUCUGCUUCUUGUGGCAUAUUUUUUGGACCACAGACCUGCAUGGCAUCCUAUUUUUCUCUUCGGAAUUCUGUCGACCAAGCACUCGUCGCCGUCAUAUAGGGCGAAUCCGAGAUCCAGGAGGGUCUUUGCUGAUAUGGCCAAGGAUGAUGUUUUCCUCGAGCACAAGGUGGUGAAACGAUUACUGAAGGAAAUGGACACUAGGAAUAUGAUCAUCUGCCACAAUCUAAAAAAAGUAUACCGUGGAAAUAACAGGAACCCUGACAAACUCGCGGUGAGAGGGUUGUCGCUCGCAUUGCACAAAGGGCAGUGUUUCGGAAUGCUUGGUCCCAAUGGGGCAGGGAAAUCAUCCUUCAUCAACAUGAUGAUUGGACUAGUGGCGCCUACUUGCGGAACUGCUUACAUACAUGGAAUGGAUUUGAGAAAAGAUAUGAAUGAAAUAUAUGCAAACAUCGGUGUAUGUCCGCAGCACGAUUUGCUUUGGGAGACUCUCACAGGAAGAGAGCAUCUACAGUUUUAUGGUCGAAUGAAGAACCUCUCAGGUGCUGCUCUAGUGAAGGCAGUUGAGGAAUCCUUGAAGAGCGUGAAUCUUUUCCACUGCGGUUUCGGCGAUAAAUCUGUAAGCAAGUACAGUGGCGGCAUGAAAAGAAGGCUCAGUGUCGCUAUCGCACUCAUCGGCAAUCCUAAAGUAGUUUACAUGGACGAACCGAGCACCGGAUUGGACACAAUAUCCAGGAAUGAUCUGUGGAACGUCAUCAAGCGAGCAAAGAAGGAAUGCACCAUCAUACUCACAACGCAUUCAAUGGAAGAGGCCGAAGAGCUGUGCGAUCGGGUCGGCAUCUUCGUGAGCGGAAACUUUCAGUGCCUUGGAACACCCAAGGAGCUGAAGACAAGGUACGGCGGCACCCGCGUCCUGACGAUAACGACGGCGGCGGAGCACGAGGAGGUGGUGGCCCGGCUGAUCGCCGGGCUGUCGCCGAGCGCGGUGAAGAUCUACGGCAUGUCAGGGACGCAGAAGUUCGAGCUGCCGAAGCGGGAGGUGAGGCUGGACGUCGUGUUCGGCGCGGUGGAGGCGGCGAGGGCCAUGUUCCCCGUGCAUGGGUGGGGCGUGGCGGACACCACGCUGGAGGACGUCUUCAUCCGGGUCGCCAAGGACGCCCGCGCCUUCGAUGUCCUCUCGUAGUCCUAGUCCUAGCGGCGGCGGCUAACCAGCCAGCUUAGGGUGGAGAUCUGAAAUGUGUACAAAUUUGCUAUUUUAGGGCGAUUUGUUGAUUAUUAGGUUAGAAAUGAACUGAACUGCCGAACGGCUUGACUACACACACCUGAACUGGUGCGACAGUCAAAGUUUCAUCGACGUUCUAAUGCACGAAAUGGUCGGUGUCACGGAAGAUUCGAAA